AAAAAAAGAAACUUUUUUUUUAAUUUCCUCUAAAAAAUCUUUAACCCAAACGAACACGAAUCAUCAAACUCUGACCAAAUCUCCAUCUAGUUGUGUCUUUUUUUUUCUUCUCCUUCCUUCCUUCCUUCCUUCAGUUCAAAGUGUCAACUUCAGUUCCUCCAUACUUCUUCUCCAUCUCCAUCUCUCUGUCGCUCUCCUAUAUUCCCAUCUCUCCCGUGCAGAUUUAAUUUUUUUUUAUUUUCCAUUUAUUACACAAACCAAAACGAUUUAUAGUUUUUUUUGUUCCUCUGGGUUUUCUCUUUAUUCUUCUGUGUCAUCAUCCUCUCUACUUAUUGAGAAUCUAAAAAAAGCAUCUUUGUUCUCUCUAAUCCGAUUGUACAGUUUCAUAUUCCAAUUCCAGUUUUUUACUCAACCUGUCAUGUUUAACCAAUCAAAAAGACUCCAACUCUGGUAACUAUCUCCAUCUAUCUAGUUAGGGUUUUUGUGUCUGAAACAUAUAAUCAGUGUUCUUUGUCUGGAGAAAAAGAAUGGGAUCUGCAAGUGGGUUUUACUCAAACGAAGGGUUUGAAUUGGAUCCUAAAUGGCUGGUUGAUCCUCGUCAUCUCUUUGUUGGUCCCAAGAUCGGCGAAGGUGCUCAUGCCAAAGUUUAUGAGGGAAAGUAUAGAAACCAAACAGUGGCUAUUAAGAUUAUCAAAAGAGGAGAGUCCCCUGAAGAGAUUGCUAAAAGAGACAGCCGGUUCGCUAGAGAGAUCGCUAUGUUGUCCAAAGUCCAGCACAAGAACUUAGUCAAGUUCAUUGGAGCGUGCAAAGAACCUAUGAUGGUUAUAGUCACCGAGCUUCUACUAGGCGGUACAUUACGUAAAUAUCUAGUCAGCUUGCGGCCUAAACGUUUAGAUAUACGUUUGGCUGUAGCGUUUGCUCUUGACAUUGCUCGUGCGAUGGAAUGUUUGCAUUCUCAUGGAAUCAUUCACCGCGAUCUCAAACCAGAGAAUUUGAUCUUAUCUGCGGAUCAUAAGACCGUAAAACUCGCUGAUUUCGGUUUAGCUAGAGAAGAAUCAUUAACCGAAAUGAUGACCGCAGAGACCGGUACAUACCGUUGGAUGGCCCCUGAGCUAUACAGUACGGUUACAUUAAGACAUGGAGAGAAGAAACACUAUAACCAUAAAGUAGAUGCUUACAGCUUCGCCAUCGUCUUGUGGGAACUCAUCCUCAACAAGUUACCAUUUGAAGGCAUGUCUAAUCUACAAGCAGCCUAUGCCGCUGCCUUCAAGAACUUGAGGCCUAGUGCGGAGGAUUUACCAGGGGAGCUAGGGCUGAUAGUGACAUCAUGCUGGAAAGAAGAUCCAAACGAACGGCCAAACUUCACUGAGAUAAUACAAAUGCUCCUCCGUUACCUCUCCACUGUUUCUCCUCCGCAGAUCGUUCCUCCUCCGGUGAGACGUGUUUUCUCGUCGGAAAACGUGGUUUUCUCACCGGACUCUCCAGGAACUUGUUCGCUGAUGAACGUCAGAGACAAAGAUGGCUCAGGUCAGAAAGUUAACGCUGCUGAUUCGUCGGAGAAAGAAACGAAAGGAAGCUUCUUCUUCUGCUGCUCAUAG